AUGCUCGAUAUUCAGGAUUUCAUAAAGGAGCGCGGCGGCGACCCUGAGAAGAUCAGGGAGUCGCAGCGCAAGCGCAACGCCCCGGUCGAGAUCGUCGACGAAAUCAUUGCCAUGUUCGAGGACCACAGAAGGACCCAGUAUGAGGCGACCCAGAUCAGCUCGCAGAUCAACGCAACCCAGAAGGAGAUCGGCCUGAAGAAGAAGAACAAGGAGAACGCGGACGACCUGCUGAAGCAGAAGGAGGAUCUCACCAACAAGAAGAAGGCGCAGGAUGACCUGGCUGCCGAGAAGCUCAAGGCGCUGAACGCGAAGGUGAAGACGGUGGGCAACUACGUGCACGCCUCGGUGCCGGUCAGCGACAAUGAGGACAACAACGAGGAAAUCAGGACGUGGACUCCGGAGGGCGUGACCGUCGAGAAGAAGGACUGCCUUUCUCACCACGAGGUCCUGUACCGCCUGGGUGGCUACGACCCCGACCGUGGUGUCAAGGUCGUCGGCCACCGUGGUUACUGCCUGACUGGCAUGGGUCUCUUCCUCAACCUGGCCCUCGUUAACUACGGCCUCGAGUUCCUCUACAACAAGGGCUACCAGCCCAACAUGCCGCCGUUCAUGAUGCUGCGGGAACAGAUGGCCAAGACGGCCCAGCUCGAGCAGUUCGACGAGGAACUGUACAAGGUUACGGAAGAUGAGAAUAACAAGGAUACCGACAAGUACCUUAUCGCGACCUCGGAACAGCCGCUGUCCGCUCUCCACGCCGAGGAGUGGCUCAAGCCCGCGGAGCUGCCCAUCAAGUACGCCGGCUACUCGACCUGUUUCCGUAAGGAGGCCGGUUCGCACGGCAGGGAUGCGUGGGGUAUCUUCCGCGUUCACCAGUUCGAGAAGAUCGAGCAAUUCCUCAUCACCAAGCCCGACGAGUCGUGGGCCGCGUUCGAGGACAUGAUUGCCACGGCCGAGGAGUUCUACCAGUCGCUGAAGCUGCCUUACCAUGUCGUCGCCAUCGUCUCGGGUGCGCUGAACAACGCCGCCGCCAAGAAGUUCGAUCUUGAGGCCUGGUUCCCCUUCCAGGGCGAAUACAAGGAGCUGGUCUCCUGCUCCAACUGCACCGACUACCAGACUCGUGAACUGGAGAUCCGGUACGGCACAAAGAAGCAGACCGCUACCAGGAAGGAAUAUGUGCACGCUCUGAACUGUACCCUCGCCGCUACUGAGCGCGCGCUCUGCUGUAUUCUCGAGAACUACCAGACCCCCGAUGGCUUCAACGUCCCGGAGGUCCUUCGCAAGUACAUCCCCGGCCAGCCCGAGUUCCUGCCCUUCGUUAGGGAGCUGCCCAAGGACACCACUUCCGCCAAGGCUGCGGGCAAGGCUCCGGGUCCCAAGCCCAAGGUCCCCGCUCCCGGCGAUGUCGCGGACAAGGUCAAGGACAUGAAGGUCUAG